AUGGCUCAAAGCGGUCAACCCCUGCAAGAGGAGCCAUUCUCACCGCUGCCUGAGUCUCCAGUCAGUACAACAGCACCGGCCCCAUCUUCCGCCAGGCAGACUAAACCUCCCAGCUUGUGGCGAAAGUUGCUGGGAAGGGCCAAUGGCGGUGCCGGGCAGCCACACGAUGAGGCUUUCAACGUCGAGGAGGACCAUGACGGCUCCCAGAGACGCGAGGCUGGUACGGAGGAGAAGGAGGAAGAGCUUGACCCAGACGACCCUCGCCUCGUUCCCGUACGCAAGAUGAACCGCAAGGUCGUGGCGGGCCUCCCGCGGGCACAGACGUUCAAAAGACAACAGUCUGAGCUCCGCGACAAUCUCAUGCCCGCCGAGCUCUCUCCGGCUGAGCGUCGCGGCCUGUCUUCGGACCGAAGACUACACUCACCACCGUUGAACGGCUCAGACAGUUACUCCAACCCUCGCACGAGUGCCCCAGAUUUCGUUUCAUCUUUCGGUGACUCUUUAGCCGAUAUCAGCGUCUCUGGAACAACUGCCUCAGUUGAGGCGCCCCGAACGGCUUCAGCGUCUUUCAUCAACGGAGAUGGAGAUAAGUCAGGCGAGGAUAGACCGCUUGAGACUGCUGGCUCGCCCCCUGUCAUGUCCCCUGACUCAGUCACGAAGUUUCCCGAGCGGUCCUCAGAUCAUAAUUUGGACACGGCUUCCAUGACAACCUCGGUAUACGAUCAGUUGAUUCAUGACGAUCUGGAGCGCAUUUGGAUACUGAACUUGUCGAUGCACUUCCGGGACAAGUCUAAACGGGAGAAGUUCUUCAUCACGUAUCGACAACAUGAACACCUGUGGCGGCGCGUCACCAUUUCACUAGACUAUCGAGCCUCCCCAGAGAACUCGUUGGAGCUGGAUCUCGAACACACCAAGUUCCAGCGCGAGAAAAACGCAAAGAUAUACGAGGCAAUCAGGGAUAGUCUGGCCGAUAUUCAGUUUUACGACACUGUUACCAAUCUCAAACUCCAAACCACAGAUGGUAGGCUCCAUGUGCACGUGGUCGAAGAUGUCAAUGAAAUAAUACAUUAUCCGACAAUCCCAAUGAUACGGCAUCUCGACUGCAGGCGCGUCAAGGAGCGCGAGAUUCAUUUCGAAGCACACAUGUCUGGCUUUGUGUACAAAGUCCGCGUUCAUGGCAGGACCUUGAUCAAAAAAGAAAUUCCUGGCCCAGACACAGUGGAUGAGUUCCUCUACGAAAUCAACGCGCUUACUCAGUUGCAAGAUUCGCGCUACGUAAUAGAGCUAUAUGGUAUCAUCAUUGACGACAGAGAGGAACAUGUCAAGGGCCUACUCAUCAGUUACGCCGAGAAGGGCACCCUUGUGGACAUGAUUUAUGACCACGACCACCAACUGCCGUGGCCCAGGCGUGAGAAAUGGGCGCGGCAGAUAGUUGAGGGUCUCUCUGAAAUUCACGAGGCCGGCUUUGUUCAGGGUGAUUUUACAUUGUCUAACAUUGUUAUUGAUGCAAACGACGACGCCAAGAUCAUUGACAUCAACAGGAGAGGCUGCCCGGUUGGUUGGGAGCCUCCCGAAGCAACUCCACUGAUUGAGAGCAACCAGCGCAUUUCCAUGUACAUUGGCGUCAAGUCGGACCUUUAUCAACUUGGCAUGGUGCUUUGGUCUUUGGGGGCACAGGAGGAUGAACCCGAGUUGCAAAAUCGGCCUUUACGACUCAACAUGGAAACUGACUGCCCUGAAUGGUACCGCGAAAUCGUCCACAUCUGUUUGGCCGACAACCCGCGUCACAGGUUGCAAGCUGGGAGGCUUUUGGACAUGUUCCCUGGCUCAAAAUACCAACAUGGUGGCGGUGCUGGGCGUUUGCCCCUGCACCACCACCAUCAGUACUCACAUGCGCCGUCAGCCUCCUUCGAUUCUUCCGUCCAUAACUUCAACAGUGCCCCAAUCAUCCGAACUAUCAACUCACCACCCCCCGAUUGGUCGUACAAGACGUACAGUGGCCAGACAUAUGUCGACACAUCCGCGGGUCUCUCUCAGGAUCCGUAUUACUUCCCAAUGCGCGGAAGAUCUCCCCCAAGCCCAAUAGCAAGUCACAGAAGUGGCGAGAUGUACGGAAAUCGAUACGGGCCACCGGCUUGGUCUGCCUACAGUUACGAGCAGAACCGCACCAGUGAAUACUCAGCCAGCGAGAUUGGUGCUGAUGAUAGGGUAGACAAUGAUGCACUGCGUGGGCAGAGAAGCGAGGCUUCUUGGUCGGUCCAAGGAGAAUCGCUCGCGGAUACGGAACUGGACGAGGGGCCCAGCAUGGGCGCUUCGCUGAUCGGGCUAGACAGGCCAACUUUGGAAACUCCGGUAUUGCCGGAAGAUGCUUCGCGUGACAAUGCCACGCCACAGCCGAAUUACACCAACGCACCAUUGCUCCCAACCUGUUUGGCGGGGCCGUUCACAACCACUAGUGAGUAUUCAGCGCCUUAUUCACUCAACUCUUGCGACAAACUACCAGAGGCUAUUCCGUUACCUCCUUCGCCAGUUGAUGAGGUCGACUUGGUAGCUUCGACGGCUUCUCAAGCCUGCGAAUCCGAGAAAAAUGAGACGGACGGAGAGGGAGAUGGCGGAGCACUGAUAUGGCCACUCGAUGAAUUUCAGUCGGAUAAAGAAGCAGCACUGGGGUCCAUAAGGCUCGCUACCGGUCUCCCCGCGGCCGAUAACCCAUUGCUCCACUCCCCAGAUCCGAAAACCGCCUAUCCGAGAACAGAAAUAUCAACACUCUCCGAGGUGACUGGCAUGGACGUCCCUGAUACUGACAUCCUGGGCGGUGCAAGUCUGACACCUGUUGCUGAGACGCCAGAGACGAUGUUGAUGGUGAACCCACUUGAAUCACCAAAACUAGAGCAAGUCCUGGAGAGCUUGUCGCCGCGGCCGUCGAGUACUAGAAGCAGCCCACCUCCGGUUCUUCCAAACGAACUGAAGGGUGUCGGGUCUGCUCAUAUGGAUACGAAUGAAGAGGUGAUGAGAACUCGAGAUUCUCUAGACGACGACUUUACACACAACUUUGAUGCCAUGACCUCAGGCAAAAAUCUUGCAAACGACUCCAAAAAGUCGAUAGCCUUGGGUGGGAACCGCCAGGAUCCCGUAACCAAUCAUACCAUCGCGACCUAG